AAAAAAACAAAGAAAUAGAAAUAGAAAAGAAAAAAAAAAAAGAAUUUAGUUCACACAAAUCGAAACGAGAGGCCAAAAUCAUAAAAUCAAUAUAAAAAUAUAAGAGAAUAAAUAAUUCAUAUGUGAAAAAUAUCGAGCAGCAGUAACGUUGAAUCCGCAAUAAAACAAAAACCUAACGUAAAAACGUAAUUAAUAAAAAAAACUACUUAAGCUCUCUUCAAUUUAAAGCGUACUCUGUAAUCCGUUUUUAUUUUUAUUCGAAAUACUUUAUCCGUAAUCGAUGGAUCAAAGUUCUUUACUUGUUAGUUCAACCGCAACCGGUUCUCACAGCAAUCUAAUGGCAGGCAGCAGUACACCUAUACGUAUAGGUAGCUUUCAUGGGCACGGCGGCAACGAAUCGCCCACCCCCAGUUCAAUUGGCCUAAGUAAUCAAAUCUUAAGUCAACAUCAACAAUCAAGCAGUGUACCGACUUCCUCCGGACAUUUGGGACAAAGUUUAGCCUCACUUAACAUGAGUACUUCUAAUAAUAAUAAUAACAACAAUACUAAUAAUAGUAAUAACAACAGCAACAGUAAUAAUCAAGCAACUGCCAAUAUUUCCGCUGUAAACGUAAUUAGCUCCGCCGGUGGAGGUUCGGUUAGCGGUUCAAGUGUUACACCACCGAACAGCGCGGGUUUACGUCAGGGCGGCCUUGCCAAUUGGGCAAACGACACACGGGAUAAAUACGAUGGCGGCAAUCAAACUGAUAAGACACCGACAGAUACAUCGAAAUUGAAUCGCAAAGAGUCGUAUAAAGCUCAACGUAAAAAUUAUCGACGAGAGAAGAAACGAGUUGCCUCAGAAUUAUUAAAUUCAUUGCAAGAUCCAGCUGUGAUUGUUUUAGCUGAUUGGUUAAAGGUUCGUGGUACAUUGAAAUCAUGGACGAAACUGUGGUGUGUACUCAAACCGGGUCUUUUACUUCUAUACAAAAGUCCCAAAACCAAAAGCAGCCAUUGGGUGGGCACAAUACUUUUAACAUCGUGCCAAGUUAUUGAGAGGCCGAGCAAAAAAGAUGGCUUUUGCUUUAAGUUAUUUCAUCCCCUGGAGCAAUCCAUAUGGGCUCCUAGAGGACCGGAUAAAGAAACAAUUGGUGCUGUGGUUCAACCAUUACCGACUUCUUAUUUAAUAUUUCGUGCACCUAGUCAAGCGGCCGGUAAAUGCUGGAUGGAUGCUCUUGAAUUAUCUUUACGUUGUUCGGGUUUAUUAUUACGUUCAAAUUCGGCACAAGGUACUACGCAAAGUGUUACCGGUACCGAGGGCUCCAUUUCACAUGAGACGCAAUGGUCCGAAGCAGAUUAUGAGAAACAUUUUAAGGAUCAAGGUCGUGUUCUACGUAAAAAUCAAUAUCUUAUGGUGCCUGAUGUUGAGCUCUCAAAAUCUCAAACUAGUUCGACAUCCAGUCUCUUUAGUUCGGCAUCGCAAACGCCCAUAUUACAGCAACUCUAUAUGGCUAUGACGAAUUGGGAACAAAUUGUUUCGGCGAACGUAAACGAAUUGGAUAGAUUCAGGCGCUUGCAAAGGUUACGCAAAUCAAAAAGUGAAUUAUCUAGCAAAGAUUUCGAGUACAGUGAUUUGUCCAGUGUCGAAGGUUCGCCUCGAAGGGCACUGCCAGGAAUGACACCGCUAACAAGAGCAACGUCGAUGUCAAACGUGCUUGUUAAUAACAAUUCAUCUUCCUCGUCCGAUGAAGAUGAAUGUAUCACUGUAACACCGAAUAUCAUACCGACAAUAACAGUACGACCAGUUUCCGCUCCACCGGAUUUGGAUGGCGAUAGUCAAAAUGAGGCGCCCACCGGUGUUAUGUCCGGUAUAGAUACGGACACCGAGUCGGAUGCCAACGACGGCCCAAAUGCAGAUAAACAAUCGCAACAUCAAUUAGAAAACGAAGAUGAUCCAAUUGAAACUCCAUAUGUACCAAGCGUAGAAGAAGAAAUUAAUCCGGAGACAGGAGAACAAGUUGAAGAGUUGGCUGAAGAAAAUAAAAGUUUAAUAUGGUGCCUCCUAAAGCAAGUCCGUCCAGGAAUGGAUUUAAGUAAAGUAACCUUACCUACAUUCAUAUUGGAGCCUCGUUCAUUUUUGGAUAAAUUAUCCGAUUCAUAUUAUCAUGCUGACAUCUUAUCUUGCGCUGUUACUGAAGACGAUCCAUUUACUCGUAUGAAAUUGAUUUUAAAAUGGUACCUUUCGGGUUUCUAUAAGAAGCCAAAAGGUUUAAAGAAACCUUAUAAUCCGAUAUUGGGUGAAACUUUUCGAUGUUAUUGGGAACAUCAAAAUUCCAGUCGAACUUAUUUUAUAGCCGAGCAGGUCUCUCAUCAUCCACCAGUAUCGGCAUUUUAUGUGACCAAUCGCCAAGAAGGUUUCAGCAUCAGUUGCUCCAUCUUGGCCAAAUCGAAGUUCUACGGCAAUAGUACGUCGGCUGUAUUAGAUGGUGAGGCUAAGCUAACGUUAUUGCCACGCGGCGAAUGUUAUGUAUUAAAUACACCCUAUGCCCACUGCAAAGGUAUAUUAAUGGGCACUUUAUCGAUGGAAUUGGGUGGUAAAAUUAGCAUUGAAUGCGAGAGCACCGGUUACAAGACGGAACUGGAAUUUAAGCUGAAACCUUUCUUGGGUGGUGCUGAUCACACCAAUUGUGUGGUUGGUAAAAUUAAAUUGGUCAAAGAAGUUUUAGCUACAAUCGAAGGACACUGGGAUGGCGAAAUGCGCAUCAAAGAUGUUAAAACGGGAGAAGAAGGUAUAUUGUUUGCUGCCACAAAGGACGUAAUGAAGCAACGAUUGCAACGCUAUAUUGUGCCUUUCGAUAGCCAGUUGCCUAAUGAAUCUGAACGCUUAUGGAGUUUAGUCUCGGCUGCUAUUAGACGCGACGAUCAACGCGGCGCAACCGAAGAGAAAACGGUACUUGAAGAGGCUCAGCGUAAAGGAGCCAAAGAACGUAAGGCCACAUUUGUUCAGUGGGAUCCUUAUCAUUUCUCUCAAGACCUCUUAACAGGCAAGUGGAUUUAUAAGUAUGCAGACCUUAGACCAUGGGAUCCUCGUAAUGAUGUUAAACAAUAUGAAAUCGAUUAUAAAGUUCUAACGAAAACGCGUCAUUUGGCUCCAAUGGUGCGUACGGCCAGCAUCGUUAGCGUUCCCGCACAAGUUUUGCGUGGCAAAGAUUCCCUCGGAGCACCUGUGAUAACGAAACAUCAUAUAACAUCUAUUGCACGCGACACAUUGGAUAUGCAUUCGGAUUCGAGUCAAUCGCAAGAGGACUAUCCAUAUGAUGGAACAGGCUCCAAUAUUUCUAAUAAAGCUAUCCGGCAAUUGAUGGCGACACUCGAAAAAGUAAACAAAGGUUUGGACGAGCAUACGCGUCAGCUGACCCUAAUACAUUUGAAAUUAGAGCGUAUGCAAUACGCACCGCAUUCAAUAAUGUCAUCUGAUCGGCUGACAGCAGACUCCAAGUCAAGUUUUCAAAGCCUACUAACUCAACAUUUACCGCCAGCCAUAAUAUUUAGAUCGUUAGUGUAUCUGUUUGGCGGCAUUAUAUUAAGUCUCUUUCUCAGGUGGUUACUUUAUCCGUAAAUGUUUUUUCGCUGGAAAAAUUGAAAAAAAAAAAAAAAAAAAAAAAAAAAACAAAAGAAUAUUUGUAACGAAAAGAAAACAAAGUUCAAGUAUAAGAUAAAUUGAAAACGAGGUAUGAGUAAUAUAGGAAUAUAUAUUUACAAAUAUAAUAAUAUACAUGCGAAUACAUAUAAAAAUAUUUUUUUAAUAUUCCUUAAAAAUAUUUUUAAUUUCGCUUAUCGCACUGGUCGCGGGAAAUUUUCAAUCAUAAAAAUUGUAAUAAAACAAGAAAAUUAGUAAAGUUAAUUAAAAAAAAUAAUUAUUGUCCUUUUUUU